CACAGGCACGUACAUACACGCAUACACACAGAUACAUGUACAUACACAGAAAUACACACGCACAGACACAUGUACAUACACACAGACACAUGUACACACAGACACAUGUACGUACAUACACACACAUGUACACACACACAUGUACAUACACGCAGACACAUGUACUGAUACACACAUGUACAUACACACAGACACAUGUACAAUUGUACAAGCAUACACAGACACACACACACCCAUAGAAAGUUGAAGUACUUCGUUGUUCACUCACAGAUCCGGGUACUGCACUCUAGGGGGAGGCAGAGAGCACAGCACACACUCCUUGCUUUGCUUUCACUGUGCUCAGCUAUUGAG